AUGAGAUCUUCUAAUCAAUGUCUCAAAGUAUUGGUCUUCAUCAUCCUCGCCAUCUCUGUUUUCUACUUAUUCUGCGCACAGACCCAAAGCAAAUUCUUCUUUUCUUCCCAUCCCUGUUCUAAAAAAUCUUCAAACGUUCAUGAGACCCUCAGAUCAUCUUCUUCAUCCCCAGCACAGGCCACGACAAUUUUUGGGUCGACUCAGAAUCAGACGGACGCAGUCACGAAUCCCGAAAUUCCCGGGAAAACCCAGCUCCGGCACAUCGUUUUCGGCAUCGGAGCAUCGGCGAAGCUAUGGGACCACCGGAAGGAGUACAUAAAGCAGUGGUGGAGACCCGGCGAAAUGCGAGGCGCCGUGUGGCUGGAUAGGCCGGUGGACGACGCCGGAGACGACGGUUAUCUUCCGGAAUUGAGGAUUUCAGGGGACAUUUCGGAGUUCAAAUACACGAACAAGCACGGGCACCGGUCGGGGAUUCGGCUGACGCGAAUUGUGUCGGAGAUGGUGAGGUUGGGGAUGGAGGACGUGCGGUGGUUCGUGAUGGGGGACGACGACACGGUGUUCGUGGUGGAUAAUGUGGUGAGAGUUCUGGCGAAGUACGACCACAGAGAGAUGUAUUAUAUAGGGAGUUCGUCGGAGAGUCAUUUGCAGAACAUAGAGUUUUCGUAUGGAAUGGCGUAUGGAGGCGGCGGAUUCGCCAUUAGCUACGCGCUGGCGGUAGCUUUGGAGAAGAUGCAGGACAGGUGUAUACAGAGGUAUCCAGAGUUGUACGGCUCCGACGACCGGAUUCAGGCUUGCAUGGCGGAGCUCGGCGUCCCUCUCACCAAGGAGAUCGGUUUCCACCAGUGCGAUUUGUACGGAAACCUAUUUGGGCUACUGGCGGCCCACCCAGUGGCGCCGCUGGUCUCCUUGCACCACCUGGACCUAGUGGAGCCCAUUUUCCCCGACAUGGACCGGGUGGACGCCCUGCAGCGCCUCUCCCUCCCCAUUGGGCUCGACUCGGCGGGCCUCAUGCAGCAGUCCAUCUGCUACGACCCGACCCGCUCCUGGACCGUAUCCGUUUCCUGGGGCUACGCCGUGCAGAUCAUCCGGGGCAUCCUCACCCCCCGCGAAAUGGAGCGCCCCUCCCGGACCUUCCUCAACUGGUACCCCAAGGCGGACCCUACCGGGUUUGCAUUCAAUACCCGACCCGUCAGAAAGAACCCGUGCCAGGCGCCCUUCGUCUACUUCCUCUCCGACGCCUUGUUCGAUGAUCGGAUGCCCAGCCAGUACCUUAGGCACGGGGCCCCGGCGGCCCACUGCGGGUGGAAGAUGCCCAGCCCUUCUCGGAUCCACAUAGUGGAGGUCUACAAGAAACCCGACCCGGACGUGUGGGACAAGUCCCCAAGAAGAAACUGUUGCAGGGUUUUACCCACGAACAAAAAUGGUACCAUGGUGAUUGAGGUGGGAGCUUGCAGGGAAGGAGAAACCAUUCAACCACUGUGA